GCGCGGCCCCGCUCUGCAGCCCGCGGGUGGUGUCCGGCUGCUGGGCAGGAUGCGGGCGGUGGGGCCGGAGGAGAAGUCGCUCCACGUGCAGCCGCUAUUUCCUGAGUCUCACAUGACCAAGUACCAAUAAGUCCAGAAUGCUGCUACUUCUGUCUUCCCAGUCACUUCCUGCCUUGUGACCACACACUUGAGCUUGACAAAGCUGUUCUGCAGAUCAGAAAGAAGGGGUUUUCGGGUCGCACACCAGUACAACCAAGGACAGUUUCCACGAGAUCUGUUACAUAAAGCGGCAAAAAAAUGGCCAGAGGAUCAGUGUCCGAUGAGGAAAUGAUGGAGCUCAGAGAGGCUUUUGCCAAAGUUGAUACAGAUGGCAACGGCUACAUCAGCUGUAAUGAGCUGAAUGACUUGUUCAAGGCUGCCUGCUUGCCUCUGCCUGGAUACAGAGUAAGAGAGAUCACAGAAAAUCUGAUGGCUACCGGCGAUCUGGACAAAGAUGGGAGGCUCAGCUUUGAUGAGUUCAUUAAGGUUUUCCAUGGCCUGAAAAGCGCAGAUGUUGCCAAGACAUUUAGAAAAGCAAUCAAUAAGAAGGAGGGCAUUUGUGCAAUUGGUGGUACCUCAGAGCAGUCCAGUGUUGGCACCCAACACUCCUACUCAGAGGAAGAAAAAUAUGCCUUUGUCAACUGGAUAAACAAAGCCCUGGAAAAUGAUCCUGAUUGUCGGCAUGUUAUCCCAAUGAAUCCAAACACCAAUGAUCUCUUUAAUGCUGUUGGAGAUGGCAUUGUCCUUUGUAAGAUGAUCAACCUGUCAGUGCCAGACACAAUUGAUGAAAGAACAAUCAACAAGAAGAAGCUCACCCCUUUCACCAUUCAGGAAAAUCUGAACUUGGCUCUGAACUCUGCCUCAGCCAUCGGGUGCCAUGUGGUUAAUAUAGGGGCCGAGGACCUGAAGGAGGGGAAGCCCUAUCUGGUCUUGGGACUUUUGUGGCAAGUCAUCAAGAUCGGGUUGUUCGCUGACAUUGAGAUAAGCAGAAAUGAAGCUCUGAUUGCUCUUUUGAGAGAAGGAGAGAGCCUGGAGGAUUUGAUGAAGCUCUCGCCUGAAGAUCUCCUGCUGAGGUGGGCUAAUUACCACUUGGAAAAUGCCGGCUGCAACAAAAUCAGCAACUUCAGUACUGACAUCAAGGAUUCCAAGGCUUAUUAUCACCUGCUGGAGCAGGUGGCCCCUAAAGGAGAUGAAGAAGGCAUCCCUGCUGUGGUUAUUGACAUGUCAGGGCUAAGGGAGAAGGACGACAUCCAGAGGGCAGAAUGCAUGCUGCAGCAGGCAGAGAGGCUGGGCUGCCGACAGUUUGUCACAGCCACAGAUGUUGUCCGAGGGAACCCUAAGCUGAACUUGGCUUUCAUCGCCAACCUCUUUAACAAAUACCCUGCCCUGCACAAACCAGAGAACCAGGACAUUGACUGGGGUGCUCUCGAAGGUGAGACGAGAGAAGAACGGACAUUUAGGAACUGGAUGAAUUCACUGGGCGUUAACCCCCGAGUGAACCACUUGUACAGUGACUUAUCAGAUGCCCUGGUCAUCUUCCAACUCUAUGAAAAGAUUAAAGUCCCUGUUGACUGGAACAGAGUAAACAAACCGCCAUACCCCAAACUUGGGGGCAACAUGAAGAAGCUUGAGAAUUGUAAUUAUGCAGUGGAACUGGGGAAGAAUCAAGCUAAGUUUUCCCUAGUCGGCAUUGCUGGACAAGAUCUCAAUGAAGGGAACCGCACUCUGACGCUGGCCUUGAUCUGGCAGCUGAUGAGAAGGUACACACUGAAUAUGCUCGAAGACAUUGGUGGUGGGCAGAAGGUCAAUGAUGACAUCAUCAUCAACUGGGUGAAUGAGACACUGAAGGAGGCAGAGAAAAGCUCCUCCAUCUGCAGUUUCAAGGACCCGAGGAUUAGUACAAGUCUUCCUGUUCUGGAUCUCAUUGAUGCCAUCCAGCCGGGCUCCAUUAACUACGACCUGCUCAAGACAGAAAGCCUGAACGAUGAAGAGAAACUCAACAACGCAAAGUAUGCCAUCUCUAUGGCCAGAAAAAUUGGAGCGAGAGUAUAUGCCCUUCCAGAAGACCUGGUUGAAGUGAACCCCAAAAUGGUCAUGACAGUGUUUGCAUGCCUCAUGGGGAAAGGGAUGAAGAGGGUGUGAGGCCUGAUGGGCCAGGGCAGACAUCAACACUCUCAGUUGUGCUGUGAGGGCCCCACACAGCAUGCUCCCAGGAUGCAUGAGGACCAUUCAAGCCAUUCCAAAGUUUUCAACUUGGUGACAUUAUAGAACACUCCAAAAAGUGCAUAUUCACCCAGCCAAGUAACCUCUCCUGCACUUAACAGAAAAUGCUUACUUUUUUGCAAAAAAAAAAAUUACUUCCUAUAAAUAUUUUUUUAUUAUUAAUUUUUCUUCUUUGAAAAUCUAAAGAAAAUAAAAGGAAGAUAUUUUCCAGGCACCCUUUCUGCUUUUGCAGUUAGGACUGAGACUGCAGAUUAAUUUUUGACGUAAUCUUUCAAACUGGUUUUAUUUGGCUAUCUUUUCCUUCAUUCAACAUGAGGACCAGGAAGAGGAGAUCACAAACCUGUCGUGUCACCUGUUCAUUGAGGCCAAUAAUUAACCCUUCACGGGCCUCUUUCCGCCCCUUCCUCCUGCCUUGUGUCCCAGUGAGUUUGCCCCACUCCCUGUCAGUGCCUGCUCUGUGGCCUACCUCUCCCUGUUGUCCUCCUUGGUCACCUGGUGCAUCCUGACAAGUAAGUCAGGCAGUCAAGGAGCCAGGUGUCUCUGGUAGCCUGUAGAAGUAAACUUCACCAUCAGGGCCUUUCCUCAGAACCGAGGUACCAAAUGGCAUCAGUUUUCACUUUCAUUCUCUAAGAAGCCCUCCAUUUUUAAAUCUAGAAUUUAGACUCAGACCAAUUUGAGCACCUUGAGCACCCUCAGGUAGGUUGUGAGCUCUGGCAGAAGAUUGCAAGGUGUGGUAGAAAAGAAAGCCACUAAGGGGCAGUGUAGAGCUAUCCCUGAGCACCUGUCCUUUAUGGUGCUGCCUCUCUGUACUGUACUUAGCAGUUAGCCCUGCUUGUUAGACCUAAUUAUUGCACUAUGGCUAAAUAUCUGGUGACAUUUGGAAGCAGUCCUGCUCAGCUUUCAUUUGCUCUUCAAUAUCAAUAUGCAAUUGCUGCCAGGUCAUAUGAUCAAAGUUUACCUUUUUGGUACUGCAAAAGCUUUUCAUCACCCCUCUGCUCCAGGGGUAGGUAAUAUGUGCCAAUAAAUAGCAGUCCCGCUGCCCAUCUCCACAUACCCCUAGCCAGAAGUCAAGGGCAGAAUGAAUAUAUGCUGGGCAAGAACUGCCUUUGUUGCUUUAGGAAGAGCUAAUUACCUCGACACUUACAGAAUUCCAGACAAAACUAGAACUACCAAAGGCUAAAAAAGCAACAGAGCAUUUAGAACCAACACUAGACUCCCUGUGUCAUGGUAAAUGGGCUCACUGAUGAGCUAUCUUUUUUAGGGAACCAAUUUAAUGGAACUUAGCCAUUUUUCAAAGCAAUUGCAAUGCAUUGCCCUGGAUCCAUUCCUUGGCAGUGGGCUCAGGAAGCUAAUAUGUGGCUCCUUUCGGCUCAUAACCAGUAUUUCUGCAUCUGAAUGCAAAGUGGUUGGCUUUGACUUUAGUCUGAACUUCAUAUAGGCCUGGAUGAUUUUCCCCCAUCUGCCUUCAGGAAAGAAGAAUGUUAUUGCCUUACUGGAAAAUGAAGAUUAAAAUAAUGCUCAAAAUCCUUCCAAAUAAAAUGUGCCCAAGAUGAAGUA